AUGCAGGGAGACACUAAAACUAUGGGGAAAAAAAAAACAGUUUCAAGUUUGAAUGAAACGCGAGAGCGCCGUCGUUUGGAUAUUGGGAAGGUACGAGACGUAUGGAACACAUUUCAAACCGCCAUGUGGCAUGUUUGUCUUCCUAAUGAACUUGUCAUGUGCUUCGAUCCGCUGCUACGCUGCAUCUUUGCGUUAUAUUAUUUACCUCCUGUGGCAUUAGUUGUGGCCAUCACCCAUAGCGCAUUGGCACGUAUUGUUUGGGUGCUCGUUACUCCGGUUGCGCAGGAAAUGGAAAAACAGCCAUAUGAUGCCUCACGCAUCGUAACACUUGCACUUGGGCUCUAUCAAAUAAUUAUUUGCAUGUUACCCUUCACCACGCUAAGUAUUGCAGUGGCCACUUUAGGUCAUAAGGCACUCAACUGCUUCAUGGAAAGCAUGGUGGAUAGUUGGUGUACGUAUGAGCAGCGGGAUUAUCCACUUUUGGCAGCGCGCCUGCGUUUCAUGAUGGAGGACCGCUGGCGAUGUUGUACCUUUCUUGUGGUGCUUUUCCUUCUUGGUACACUUGUGCUUUCAGGUUUUCAUACCGACUUGCUCGUCGCAUGGCCAGACCGCGAGGGCAAUGUGGCAUUAAAUGUGUGGUUAAUCAUUUUUAUUGACUUAACAUUCGUUGUAGUGUCGGCAUUUACUUGUUCGCCGCCGGGGUUGCGGUUACUCAACUCAAAAAAAGACACAGCGGAUGGAAAGGAUGGAUCAUUUCUGGAAUAUUUCUUCGAUACAUGGUGGCGGAAACGUGUUUUCUAUAUCCGGUACGCCACGGGUUAUAUGGUGAUUGCGCUCGGCGUGUUCACAACAUAUCAUGAUGGUCCAUUGCGGGCGCUAUCCAUGCUGCUGGAGACUUUGAUGUAUUUACUCAUACCUCACGUUAUGGUGCACGCAGUGCUUUCAAUUUCAAUCGUAGCGGUUAACUUUCACCGCUCGGUGCGGUGGUUGUCCCACCACCGUGCGGCCGUGCCCCACACAAUUGCCUUUAUCCUACCUUACGAAGGAGUGCUGCUUUAUUCCAUGUAUUACUUUAGGCACCACUGGAUGACGGUGUGUUUGCUUGUGGGAGUCAGCGUUCUUCUAAUAUACCGCUCUAUAGACAUUGCGAGGGAAUUUGAGGUGACAGAAGCCGGUUCCGUGCUUUGGAAACGGGAAGAUGACGGAACCGUAGCGCCGCCAGAUCUCGCUAAAGUGCUGGAAGAGGCGCACGAAAACAAAUCACGGCACCUGAACACCGUAAGCCUUGGUGUAUCAGGAGAUAUGGAACGGAUGCGGUUAAUAUCGGAUGGAAAGGAAAUACCACUGCAACGUGUGGUGAUCGAACGAAUCGGUGAGUCGAGGAGUCUUUCCAAAAAGGCAGUUUUCCUCGCGUACGCAUUUCCGAGGGUGUUACACGCACAGAAACCGAACUAUUUGGGUGGUAAGCAUUUUCGGACGGGCCGGCUGCUGCUUCGUACGAUUACGUCAAUCCUCUUAACUUUCUUCGCCCUACUUGUGGCAGGUGUAAUACUUCAGGCAGCUUUUCCAGAAUUACGUAAAUGGCCCGUCCGCUUACGGAUAUCGGAGGGGGGCGAAAUUUUGACUAUCGAUCAUAUUGUGGUGCGCAUGCAUUUACUCUCUAGAAAUGCAAGUGCAAAUCCAUUGUCGCCACCUGUUACCUCCGCCAUGACGCCUGCACACGCCGCAUUUCAAUGGGGCAAUACAACGGCGUUUAAUACGGAUUGGUAUGCGUCGCUGUGCGCACGAGAGUUCCAUGGCGCUUCAGUAUGGGAAGUUUCAUUACUUGCGCUGGCCACAUACCUUUCAACUGAAGAGGAAGUGCGUCAAAUGCUGCAUUUUAUGAAUACACACAUGGAGACAGACUGGAUCAUGCGCGAGCGUCAUGGAAUGGAUUGCGUAGCCGUGGAUUCUUCCACGAAGCCCACAGAAUGGAAUGGUUAUUUCGACUUUUAUAGUGCCAAACACGAUCUCUCCGUGGUUGCCAUUCGCGGAACCGAUAUGACAUCGGCUAUUGAUUUCCUUAUCGACUUCAACAUGUUUUUUGAGGUUGUUUUGUAUCAUCUCUUAUCUAAUUUCGUUCCUGGGGCAGGAAUUUUACCCUCGCACCUAAUCGCAGACUUGAUUGGACUGGCUUCACUCCGGUCGGAUGGAAACUUCCAGUACGGGACUUGGGAAUCCCUCAUUGCAGAGAGUAAAGCAGAUGAUAAAAAUAACAAACUCCAGUGCGUGAGUAAUAACUAUCGCCGUGACUUUUUUGCAGACGUUUAUAAUCACAUCCGCUACAUUGGCAGUAGGUCAAAGAGGCCGAAGCAUGUUAUCUUGACGGGCCACUCAUUAGGUGGUGCCGUUGCCUCAAUUGUUGGAGCCAAGAUGGGAAUUCAAGCUGUGGGUUUUGGAGCUCCGGGAAUAACAUUAGCGCGAAAAAAGUUCAACGUGGAUUUGCGGAGUAUUAACAAACACGUUGGGAAUAUCAUAUCCUCGCACGAUAUAUUUCCCAUGAUUGGUGGUAAUGUUGGGGAGCAACAUCGCAUAGAGUGUCUGGCAACUACACGGGAACUUUGCCAUGCCAUGGAAUUUCUCGUUGGAGCGCUAUGGCGGUCAUGCGGGUCAAUUCGCUCACGAUUUCCCUCCAUGGGCUCAGUUUUGUAA